AUGGCUUGGUCAGUUCGCAUACUUUGGGUAUGUCUGACCUACUCAGGCAAUUAUCAAAGAUUGAACACCAUUGGUUGCAACCGGUACCACAAUGCGGACUCGUCGUAG